AUGAGCUCUGUACAGGGCGCAGGCAGCCCUAAGCCAGAGAAAUCCAAAGCUAGAAAACGAAGACGGAGUCAGAGUCGGGGCCCACAAGCGAGAUAUCUGCCCGGCCACAAUCUAGCCGGCAACAACAGAGCACCCGCAUCGGUUAGAAAUCGUGCUCCCGAGCUCGUGCCGGAAGGAUACAAGCCAGCGUCCCACGAGGAGUAUGUGCAGAGAUACAUAGUUCCAACCGCCUUCACCGGAUCAGACAGCGAAAACUUGGGCACACAAAUAUUGGAAGCUGCUGAGCUCGAGAAGGGAGGGUUCGAGGGUCUGCAAGCUGAGACUGGCAGCAGAGAUCCUGCAGAGGGGAGACGACCUACAGCAACCAGUGAAUUGGCCAACGCCCAACAAAUCAAGCCACGCUACACGAACAGUCUCCUGCCGCAAUCCACCAACAACUCUCUGUCACAGUCCACCAUCCACCUACCUCGACGGACUUCUGCGCUCCGGCCGGACAUUACUUCUCUGCCACAGACUGUCAGCCAGCAUCCGUACAGCAACUUUCUGCCGCAGCCUACCAACCGCCCGAACACACAAUCGUUCGCAUCACUUCAACCGCCUCAACCGCCUCAACCGCCUCCACAACCCUCCACAUCAGAACCACCGAGCUUCAGCGCAGUCCAUUCAGAUCUAACAAUGUCUGCACCACCUGCACUCAGCCCUCCCGGAGCUUACAGCUCAAUCUUUCCAACCGCGCAGCUGGCCCAAGACUACAUUAACCAGCGCAACUCUGCUCAACGCCCAGCCUUGCAAAAUGGAGAUGUCAUACCGCCUGAAGGAGCCCGCCAUAACUGGUGCAGAGUGAUCUACGACGCAAUAGUGCAGAUGGCAGGCGCCGAACCGCUCUCUACGUCGAACUGGGUCCAGGGCAACGCACCUCAGCAGUUCCUGGAAGCACUAGCUGUUCAGAUCGUGCACAACAUCAUCGCAAUCUACACGGAUGGACCCCGCGUGUUCCUCGAGUACCCCUUCGUUGGCAUCGUCAGCUACUUCGAGCCAAACAUCCGACUAGGCGACAGACUUGAAGCAGUCCGAGCUGUCCUCCAUCGCCACAAAGACUACUGCUUGCACCUAUGCAAUGGGUCAGGCCUCCAACACCUCGUCCACGCGCCCCGCGCCCUCAUGGCCAGUCUGAAUCAGUCGGCCACAACUCGAUACGCCAACCUCCAGCGCGCGCGCCAGGCCCAGCUCGCAUACGCCGCCAACGCUGCAAACCCUACGCCAUAUGCCCCCAAUCUACAGCCGCACGCCAGCCCGUACCAGGCAUCGUCCAGUUCGGCGCCCGGUCCCGGUUCCCAGCAGCACCGCGGCUCAUAUCAGCCGCCGAUGGGAAGCGCUCUGUCCGGCCCUUCGAGGGCGCAGAAUGACUUCGCGGUGGAUCCCAGCCUGGGCAACCGCGCCGCGUCGACGAGCCAUUCUGGAGGCCGUCCAGCACCCCGCGCCCCAGCCCGCCCAGAUGAGAGCAUCUACGGGGCCGCAGACGACCCGGCGUUUCUGGAGCGGUGGGGGCUCGCGGAGCGUGCUGCCGCGGAGGCUCUUGCGGCGUCGGCGGGCCUCGCGGCUCCAGAGCUCCAGGAAACGGAGCCCCUGGAGCCGCCUGGUCCGCGGGGCGCUGCGCCUGCCGCUGGCGAGGAGAAGGAGACUGGAGGGGAGGAUUGGCGCUCCUUCCUGAAUGAGGGGGCGUUCGAGGAGCAGGGGGAGUGA